UACUUUGUAUUAGAUUAAAUGUCAAUUUUAAUCCCUGAUCUCCUCUCUAAUAUAUACGGUCUAUGUUCAGGUUGGGGCUACGAGAAAGGGAAGCUACUACUAUUGUACAACUUUAUGCCAAAUGGUAGUCUUGAUAAGCACCUAUACGAGGCUUCCAACCAGAACACUUUGAAUUGGAGGCGUCGGUAUAGGAUACUAGCCGAUGUAGCAUCUGCAUUGCCCUAUCUUCACAAUGAGUAUGAUCAAAAGGUAGUGCAUCGUGACCUCAAAGCCAACAACAUCCUACUGGACUCCGACUAUAAUGCUCGCCUAGGUGACUUUGGCCUUGCCCGAGCCUUGGAUAAUGAAAGGAAUUCCUAUGCUGAACUAGGAUUAGCUGGAGUUCCAAGCACCAUGGGCUAUGUUGCUCCUGAGUGCUUCCACACGGGGAGGGCUACCCCUGAAUCUGAUGUGUAUGGUUUUGGAGCAGUGGUCCUUGAGGUUAUAUGCAGCAGAAGUCUUGGGAUUAGUAUCAAUCACCAUCAGCGUCUCUAUUCAUUGGUUGAUUGGGUUUGGAUGUUACAUCGCGAAGGCAACAUCGAAGAAGCUGUCGAUGAGAGGCUUGGCAAUGAUUAUGUGGAUGAUGAAGCAAAGAAACUUUUACUUUUGGGGCUUGCAUGUUCACAUCCCAUUGCCAGUGAUAGGCCUCAAACGCAAGAUAUUUUCCAGAUUAUAUCUGGAACUAUGCCGGUCCCUAAUGUGCCUCCAUUCAAACCCGCUUUCACAUGGCCUUCGAUGGUUACUGCCUUCACUAGCAGUGACAGUACACUUGCUAGUGCAACAUUUUCUUCCUAAGGUACGUAUGUAACAUGGACUAUGACG